AUUAAUUUCUGAAAUUGUAUAUUCUGGAAUUGUCAUAUUUGUACAUAGCGUCUUAACUUCAGAUCGAAUGCAGCAUUACGUAACCGAAUGAAAAGCUUUGGUUCAUUAAUUUAAAAAUUCUAUCGCACUAGAGUUUCCUCGUGCGAUAAUUCGGAAGGAAGCGGUCAGAGCAAAACCGCAAUCGGCAUGUUUGGAAGAUUAAGGUAUGCAACGCUAGUCUGUGAUGUACAUUUCACGGUAUACGAUCAAAAACUUUCCAGUUGUGAAUAAAUCAAUAUACAUAGUUAAUUAAAAGGAAGAAAUCAUGCCCUUUCGCAAAACAUAUGAAGUAAAUAAUCGAGAGAAAAACAAGGCCGCUCAACGAGAUCAAUCGUACAGGAGCUGUCUCAUCACCUUGCUCAUCUUCUUUUUUAUGUGCCUCAUUCUCAUCCUCGCCUGCAUACCCUGGAAAAUGCGAAAUCAUACAGAAUACAAGAAUCGGUACACUGAAAAUGAACCACAGCAUCAUCAAGGAGAACACAUGAAGGAGGCAAUAAUGACUUCUACAAUCAUGACAGUUGUAUUAACGACUCCGACAACUCCAAGAACAACUACAUCCACUACUAACACAGAGAAAAUCGAACCAACGAGAGAUAUCGAUAUCAUCACUGAAGAGUAUUCGAAGAAGAAUAUCAAGGGAUCCCAUCAUUUCGAGCGUUAUUCUGAAAAUAGAACAACGAAGGGUGAAAUAAUUACGUCUCCUGUGACUGUAUCUGAAAAAGAAAUUGAAGAUUCUUCCACGACAAAAAAAGUCGUUCAUUAUACUGAAACUACGGAAGAAGACAUCGAUUUGACUAUGUUGCUAUAUGAUAAUAUUACUGAUAAUAUUAUCGAUAAUAAUGCAUCUUCAACAUCACCAAAUGAAUCAAUUGUUGGCAAUGCUACAUUAAAAUACAAUAUUAAAACUGUCGACAUAGAGAACAUUGCGUCUUCAAAAUCUAUUGAAUCUACGACUGAUAAAUAUUUUCCUGAUAUGCAUUAUAACAUAGAGAAAUCAAAAGUUGAUACCGCAAUUGAUAAUAUUACAACUCCAACAUUAUCUCGAUUAAAUGAUUUUGAAGAAUAUGCUGCCGAAAAUUUUACUAAUAAAUAUGAGAGUAUGAAAGCUGCUAUCGUAACUGAUAUUACAACCGAUCCUGAAAAAAGUACGAGUGUUAAAUAUUUUUCCGAUUUAUAUAAUUAUUCUGAGAAAUCACAAUUCGAUGUAACAAACGAUAUAAUCACUUCUACAUCGCCGACUCAAUCAACUCCUGAAGAAGAUACUAAAUAUUCAACAACAUAUUUAAAUUAUAAGGAAUUUACAACCAAUCCAGAGUAUAGUCUAACAUUAAUUAAUGAGAAUAUAACGGAAAAUAAUUCUUCUACCACAAUGAAUUAUACUUCAGCCAUAGAUGAGAGUUUUUCACCAACUAUAAAAAUUAGAAACGAAACUGAAGACAUGACAAAUGCGACUUCGAAGAACUAUAGCAAAACUACAACCCAAAAGUACAAUGAGAAUGUGACUGUUAGUGCUACUGAAGAAUACACUGCAUCUUCCACAAACAAUUACACAACUAUUAUUUAUGGUUUUCACAAUUAUACAACAAAUACAAUAAGUUACGACGAGACGAUGCUUACAACCACAGUGAGGACCACACUUCCUGAUGAGAAUACAAAUGUUUGCGAAACAGGAUACUGCAAACAGAUUGCUAGCAAGAUGUUGUCUUAUAUGAAUCACACGGCCGAUCCUUGUGAAGAUUUCUACGAGUACGCUUGCGGUGGUUUCGAGGCGAAUCCGCAGUUGAUAGAUGAGAAUUUAAAAUUCAGAAAUUAUCAACGAAUUGCCAGACAGAUGUUUAAAGAAAAACGCGAAAACGUAUCGAAUUUUGCAACAUACUAUGAUAGCUGUGUACAAUAUGAAAGAAAUAUGAACUUCAAUGAAAGAGCAAAAAUGGCAAAUGAUGCGUUAAAGAGAAUAGGAGAAUUUUAUACAGAUGCUACACGGUCUAAUUAUAUAAACUUCACAAAAUUACUCGCGCAAUUAAUAUUACAUCACAGUGCUCUUUUAUUCGACGUUGUGCCAGAAUUAGAUGAAUAUCGUCCGAACAGUUUCACGCUUAAAAUAGGUCCUACAACAUAUAAGAGUCCUUUUAACUAUAUGGAAGAGGAUCCAUGCUUUAAAAGCGAGAUUGAAAUGGAAGAACAAUUUGUGGAUCUCGAAAUUUUGUAUAAUAAUUAUAAAAGAUGCAAGAAUAAUGCAAGAGAAUUUUCCAGAUCCAUUAAGGAAGCUCUAACAGUGCUCAAUGUUUUUAAAAGUUUAAAUGACAGUCGCCUAGAAAAGAAGAACAUAGAGAAAACUAUUCAUUCAAUCAACAGUAUUCUAAUGCAAGGCUACUUUUCGUAUUUUCCAUCCAAAAGUGACGUACGCGAAGCACAUGUGAUGAAUAAUUACAGUAGAGUUAGUUUAGAUGAGUUGCAGAGCAGUAGUACUUUUGUGAAUUGGACACAAUUAAUUCGUUCGCUAACAGAAAUGGAUAUGAUAACCAGUGAGGCUAAUAUCCAAAUUUAUUUCUACACCGCACUGAUUAAAGGUUUACGCGGAUUAGAGAAAUUCAGUAAAGAUGAUCCAAUAGGACUUAACAAUGCCAUAUUAGGAUUAUAUGCACAUAAACUUUAUCAAGAGUUGGUGCUACCAAGGCGCAAUAAUGUGAACAAUCAUUGUAUACAAGUUGCUACCUAUCUCCUACAGCUGGAAGCAUCCAGUUUAUAUAUAUCUUCCUUUGCUGAUCAUGAAAUAACACAGAUGAAUAAUAUGAUGAAAAAGAUGUUCAAUGAACUAAAACAAACACUAAAAAUAAAAACUGAUGAAGCGGAUUGGGCUAGAGCGGAAGGACGGCAAGGAUUGCUGAAGAAAAUCGACAGUCUCGAGCUUGCACUCCCUGUUAUUUCUUAUUUCAAGAACAGACAUUCGCUAUACAGUGAAUAUAAUGUCUCACAGAUAAUUUUGAAUGACAAUUACUUCAAUAAUUCAAUGAUUCUGCUGAGAAGAUACAGAACUCUAUUAUAUGCUGAAUUAAGAAGAGAAGUCGGCGAUCCAAAGCAAAUUUGGACGUAUUAUACGACGCCAUUCCAAUCGAAGGCCCAAGCGAUAUAUGGCCUGAAUCUCGUUGUGAUUCCCUAUGGCAUCGUCGAUUGGUCCUUGAUAAACGAUGAACAUUCCUUCGAUUAUCUUCUGAUGGCGACGCUUGGGAAUUUAAUAGCACAUCAGAUCGCCCAUCAUUUCGACGCGAAUGGUAUACACUAUUGGGAUAAAACCAGGAAUACUCAAGAUUCUCUGAUGUAUGAGAAUGAAUUCACCGACACGAACUUCGACGAUUACAUCAACUGUCAAAAAGAAAACUUAUAUCAAGGACCUAUAAAUAUGACAUUACCUUUCACUGAUCAGACAGUGUCGUUUACGAUUCCGCGAUUGACCUUGAACGAGCGGUUAUCUGAAAUUAUGGGACUCAGACUAGCUUAUGAUACUUUGGCUCUUAUGAGAUUUGAUGCAGAAAAGAGGAAAAAACUUCCAUGGAUAAAACUCCACAUCAACCAAUUAUUCUAUCUCGCCUACGCUCAGACAUAUUGCACGAAGACAUCACUUACGUCGUCGUACAUAUCUUUGCACGAGAGCGAGAACUUGCCGAAUCGGAUUCACGUAUUCGUCUCUGCAUCGAAUAAUAAACUUCUCGCUGAGGCAUGGAAUUGUCGGGUGGGUUCGCAGAUCGCGCCCAACGAUAUUUGCAGUGUCUUUCCGUAUAUAGAUUACAAGGAGACCGCAUUGAUGCCAGAGUGAAAUCCGUUCGCGGAAAAGACUGAACGGGCGGACGUCGAUUUUAUUUAGUGUAGACUCAGUUAGUCUACAAAUAUUCGAAACGCAAACUAUUAAAAAAUUAAAUUGAUGGAUACAGAAACAAAAUUUAUGUCCGUCUGUCCGUCCUACGAGGUUCACGAGUAAAUUUUUCUAACGUAUAGAUUCGAACAAACGAUUGGAUUUAUCUUGGAAUUAAAAAAUAAUAAGUAUUUACUUCUGUAGUGUCAUUGACAAACGGUAUAUGUAUAGGAUUAUAUUUCUAAUUCAAUUUUAUAAAAUUUAUAUUAAAAAAGAGUCGAAAAAGUGUGUAUUUUGCUUCUGUAUCCCUAAAUUUGUAUAUAGAGAUUCUUGUUCGUGUGCGAGGAAGAUAUAUAAUGUGUCUUAAAUUUAAAACCAGUACUUCGGCAAACAUGUCAUUGCAAGCGCAUUCUUUGUGAGAUAAAAUUACAGCUAAAUGAAAAUGAGUAGAAACAUAAUUGUAGAUGAAUAUGAAUCAAUAAAUGGUUUUUACGCGAGA